AUGGGGCUGUGUCACAGCGAAGAGGAAAAACAGGGCUUGGCGGUGAGCAAGCAGAUCGACAAGAAGCUCAAGGAUUCUUUUGCUAAGGAGGAGAGGGUCAUCAAGUUGUUGUUGUUGGGCAAGUUCAACUUGACAGUUCCUUCUUGAGCUUAUUUUGCCAUAUAAAUAUUUAAAAUUGUACUUUCUUUAAGUUGCAUUUCAUAUUCUAUUAUGGAAAGCAUUAGAUAUUAUUAAUACGUUGGUUACAGUACAACAAUACAAAUUGCUAUUUUCUCAAAUUUCAGGUGCUGGAGAAUGCGGAAAAUCAACCCUAAUGAAGCAGAUGAGGAUCCUGCACAGUUCCGGGUUCUCGGCCGACGAAAUGAAUCAACAGAGGGCUGUGGUCUACAGCAACACAGUGCACGCCAUGCACGAUCUCCUCAAAGCCAUGCCUCGAUAUAAACUUAGCCUCAAUGAUCCUAAUCGACAGGUGAUUACCCUAUUUCCCAGUAAAAACCACGACUUUGCAAGUCAUUUCGCUGACGAAUUCUCUUUUGUACCGCCUUCUAAAUUUUCUUGCAACCUUAGUUAGAUGUAAAAAUUAGGUGUUAAUUUCGCAGUAAUUCCUCAGAACUUUGUAAAACUUCGGUAGAUAACUAAGACCAGCUGAUAAUUUAAAAUUAAACGACUUCAAAUGUUGAGGACGUUUCAUCCAGAAAAAGCACGUAGAUCUACGAAACAUGGACUUUGACAUAAACUUUUACAGGAUGACGCCCAAUUGGUUAUGGAAGUAAUCAAAGCCGGCGACGAAAUGGAACCCUUCAGUCCACAGUUAGCGCUGGCUUUGAAAAGAUUGUGGACGGAUCCAAUCAUCCAUGACAAGGUGUUCUCACAGAGACUCGACUUUCAUCUUCAUGAAUCUGCCAAACAGUGAGUACUGUCGUAUUAGAAAAUAUAUUCUUCAACUUUCAAAAAAUAAUUUUGAAAUGAACCAUUAAUUUUGAAAACAACUUGCAAGUCCUGACCGACAUUUCAGCCACCAUAUUUUGUAGAAUAAGGCGGUGACUUCAGGAAGAUUUAUAAGCAAUCUUCAAAGUUAAAAUUUCAGUUUCCUCGACAGCCUGGAUCGACUAGCGAACCCCAAUUACAUCCCCAAUGAGCAGGAUAUUUUGUUGACUAGAAUCAAGACAACGGGUAUUGUGGAGGUGCAGUUCAACAUCAAAGGCGUCGAGUUCAGGUAGACUAAACUACACGUCUUUGUAAUGAUAAUGCCAGAGUCCAGCACGUACAUUAUAUACAUUUUUUUCAGAGUAUUCGACGUCGGAGGUCAGAGAUCCGAAAGGAAAAAGUGGAUCCAUUGUUUUGAGAAUGUAAAUGCAGUGAUAUUUGUAUGCGCGGUCAGUGAAUAUGAUGAAGUUUUGUUUGAAGACGAGUCCACGGUAAGAAUUCUUUGCCAAAGUCAUCGUAUUUUAGAAUCGAAUAAUCGAAUCCAUGAGGUUAUUUGAGUCGGUUUGCAACUCCAGAUGGUUCAUAAACACUUCGAUGAUAUUAUUUUUGAACAAAAAGGAUUUAUUCGCAGAGAAGAUUCAAAAUAUUUCGAUACGAUCGGCUUUCCCGGAUUACAAAGGUAUGAAAAUUACAAUCCCUGUAGCUAACUACAUUUCUAUAGGGCCCCAAAAUUACGAUGAUUGCAUGCUAUUCAUCAGAGCCAAGUUUGAAGCCUUGAAUUCGAAUCCUCGAAAGACAAUUUAUGUCCACCAAACAUGCGCAACAGACACGAAUCAAGUACAGCUGAUCCUGGACUCGGUUAUCUCCAUGAUCAUUCAGUCCAACUUGCAUAAAUCUGGCCUUUAUUGA